AUGGUCGGCGUCAAGACAGUCGCGGCUCUGCUGCUCGCGGCGUUGCCCUUUGGUACCUCCAGCCCCGUGCCUGUCGCGGCCCCAGGCGGUUCAAACAAAUACAUCGUCAAACUCAAGGACGGCAUCCGUAGCCGCGAACUCGCCACCCAUCUCGAAUGGGUCAACGACGUUCACGCCCGCAGCAUCGGCCGUCGCCAUCUCGACCUUUCCGGCCUCGACAAGAAGUUUGAGAUUGGCAACUUCAACGCCUACUCGGGUGCUUUUGACGACGCCACCAUAGAGGAGAUUCGCAACAAGCCCGAGGUUUCCUACGUUGAACCGGACCAGGUCUGGACCCUGUUCGAGACGGCGAUGCAGAACAAGAAGACGCAGUUCAACUCCACGUACGGGCUGGCGACUCUCUCUCACCGCAAGCCCGGCUCCAGGAACUACGUCUACGACUCAAGUGCCGGAGAGGGCGGCUAUGUGUAUGUAAUCGACAGCGGCGUCAACAUCGACCACGUCGAAUUCCAAGGCCGCGCCACGAGGGGUUACAACGCGGCCGGCGGCGAGUUCAUCGACGGCAUCGGCCAUGGGACCCACGUCUCCGGUGUCGUUGCCGGCAAGAGGUUCGGCGUCGCCAAAAAGGCAAACAUAAUCGACGUCAAGGUCUUUAUGGAUCAUUCUUCGCAAACCUCCACCAUCCUCGACGGCUUCCAGUGGGCUGUCGCCGACAUUGCUGCCAAGGGGCGCCGGGGCCGGGCCGUCAUCAACAUGUCCCUCGGUGGUAUCAUCUCGGAGGCCUUUGACGAAGCCGUCGAGAACGCGUUCCAGUCCGGGAUCCUCAGCAUUGUUGCCGCCGGCAACGAGUACCAAGACGCCUCCAACCUGUCGCCCGCUCGUGCGCCCAACGCCCUGACAGUCGGUGCCGUCGACGAAGAUUGGCUGGCCUGGCGUGGAUUCGGCUCCCAGGGGUCCAACUACGGACCUGCCGUCGACAUUCACGCCCCUGGAAAGGACAUCCUGUCCUCCUGGAUCGGCUCGACGACAGCCACCCGAUCGGACACGGGCACCUCCAUGGCCGCUCCCCACGUUGCUGGUCUUGCCAUUUACCUCGCCAUUCUCGAGGGCAUUACCGACCCUGCCGCCUUGACGAGUCGCAUCAAAGAGCUCGGCACCAGGGACAGCACCGAGAAUCUCCCGAAAAACACGGUCAACCUGUUGGCCAACAACGGCAGCGAGGACUGA